AUGAAAUUAAUCAGCCCCAGCAGGAUCAAAGAGUUGUUUAAAAAGCCAGAGCCCCCGAAACAACCAAGGCACAUUUUCUUUAACCAGGAACUUCCGGCGGAAUAUAAAGAUGCCAAAGGUGAGCCGGUGAUGUGCUAUCCCCACAACAAAGUGCGGACCACCAAGUACACGGCGUGGAACUUUUUGGCCAAAAACAUUACAUUGCAAUUCAUGAACAUCGCCAACUGCUAUUUCCUUUUCAUUAUUAUAUUGGGAGCAUUCCAAAUCUUCGGUGUGCAGUCUCCUGCAAUGCAGGCUGUUCCUUUGAUCGUUAUUGUCGCACUUACUAGUAUUAAGGAUGCGUUUGAAGAUUUCCGUCGGGCAAGAGCUGAUCAUCAGAUGAAUACUUCCAAGGUCCACCGUCUUUGUGGUCUUACAAAUCCAAACAUUAUCAUUAAGAAGAAAACGCUGUCUUCCAGGUUGUCCGAUUGGUGGUCCAGGAAACUUUGGGCAGCCGGAGAUGCCGUUGCCGAAAAGGUGAAGAAAAACCGGAAAGUUGGUUCUUCUGCAAAGAAUAGUGCUUCUCCAAAACCUAAAGGGCAUACGGAAAAACCAAGUAAUAGUAUUCCGGCUCGACCAAGUGUGGAUGGAUCAUCCAGCCUUCCCGGAUUGUCGAAUAUCAAUACUGUGGAUAGCUACGCCCCUUCUUUGGGAUCGCUUGCGCCUUCCUUGGUUUCCAAUGUUAGUGAUGUUUCUGGAGUUGGCUCUCUGGCACCCGUGAGAGCUUCACUAUCUACUGUUAGAUGCACAGGUAGACUGACUCCGUUUGUCCCUGAGACAGUGUCAAAUCCAAAUAUAAUACCAACUAAAAAUGCCUGUCGGUUCAGAACUACUUAUUGGGAGCAGCUUAAUGUGGGAGAUAUCAUAAGAGUCCGUGAAAACGAGGAAAUUCCUUGCGAUUGUGUGGUUCUCUCGUCUAGUGACAGAGAUGGAAUUUGCUAUGUUGAAACCAAGAACUUGGAUGGUGAGACAAGUUUAAGGCGGAAAUCUUCGCUGAAGUGUGGCAGUGGUUUGGUUCAUUCCGCUGACUUUGAGCGGGCAGCUUUCGAAAUAGACACCGAGCCUCCUUCCCGUAACUUGUACAAGUUCAGAGGUGUCAUUCGGUAUCAGUCCUAUCUGAACACGGAGGACACGACUGGAACGUUUGAGAGUGAAGCCAUAGAUAUUGAUAAUGUCCUCUUGAGAGGGUGUAUAUUGAGAAAUGUGUCCUGGGUCCUUUGCUGUGUUGUGGCCACUGGUGAGGAUACGAAAAUCAUGCUUAAUAGUGGUGUGACCCCAACGAAGAGAACCAAGAUGGCAAAGGCAUUAAAUAAGAUUGUUUUCAUGAACUUCUUUUUGUUGUUUGUGAUGUGUUUUGCUGCUGGUUUGAUCAAUGGCUUGUUCUACCGGAAGAAAGGUAACUCUAGAACUUUCUUUGAGUAUAAGCCGUAUGCUGGAUGGUCGCCUGCUGCCAAUGGUGCUGUUGACUUCUUUGUCAACUUGAUUCUUUAUCAAACGCUUGUUCCGAUCUCCUUAUACAUUACGAUCGAAAUCAUCAAGGCUUUCCAGGCGUUCUUUAUCUACUCUGACGUUCAAAUGUACUACGAGGAAAAAGAUAUGCCUUGCACUCCAAAGACCUGGACGAUAUCUGAUGAUCUUGGGCAGAUUGAAUAUGUUUUCAGCGAUAAGACUGGAACUUUGACGCAGAAUGUUAUGGAGUUUAGAGGUUGUACCGUUCAUGGAAAGAAAUAUAUCGGAGCAGUAGCCAAAUCCGAAACUGAGGAAGAUGAAAAGAAAAAAGACGUUUCAAAAGACCAGUCUCGACCUCCAACUAAUUCUAUCAAGCCGGAUCUUGAAAAGGAUUCUAAUAUGUACCCUCAACUGAAUGAGAAGCGUCUAUCUGUGGCUGGAAGCAUCUCUGUACCAUUUGACAGUAUGCUCCUGGAGCAACAAAGAGAUCAAAAUGGGUAUAACAGAGAAUUUUUAAUUUCACUUGCUCUUUGUCACGAUGUCAUUACGAAAAGAUUACCUGAUGGCAAGAUUGAGUAUCAUGCAGAGUCACCAGAUGAAGCUGCAUUGGUUUCGGCUGCAAGGGAUGCAGGUAUAGAAUUUCUGGGUGGAACAAGAGAUGGCGGAAGGUACUUAAGGCUGAGAAGCAGUGUUACGGGAAAAGGAGGUAAAAGCACACUUGAUAAAUACCAAUUACUGCAGACAAUACCCUUCAAUUCAGCACGUAAGAGGAUGAGUGUUGUUGUUCAAACACCACAGGGAAACAUUGUGGUUUACUGUAAAGGUGCCGAUAACGUGAUAUACAAGAGGUUAGAUAACAGCAGUAAGGAUACAUCUACAGUUGUAGGAAGAACGGCUAUUCAUUUAGGUGAGUUUGCAGAAGGGGGUCUUCGUACUUUGUGUGUUGCAAAAAGAGAGCUUACGCAAAAGCAGUUUUCGGAUUGGAAGACCGCUUAUGACAAGGCUUCACAGUGCGUGGAUGAGACUCGUGAAAAGCGUAUGGAGGAUGUUGCUGCAAAAUUAGAAGAGCACCUUAAUCUUCUUGGAGGAACUGCCAUCGAGGACAGGUUACAGGAUGGGGUUGGCGAGUCGAUCGACCUUAUACAUCGCGCUGGUGUUAAAUUGUGGGUUUUGACUGGUGAUAAGGUUGAAACGGCAAUAAGUAUUGGUUUCUCAUGUAGAUUACUUACAAAUGAGAUGGAGCUGAUUGUUAUUGGCGGCAAGAAAUCAAAGCAGAGCAUUAAUGCCCAGACGGAAAACAUGGAUGGCAAAUUAGAAAAGAGUAAGGGUCUCAAUAAUGCUGAAGACAUUGAGAAUAUUAUAGACGACAUGCUAAGAUCGAAAUUUAAUCUGGAUGGUACCGAAGAAGAACUUGUCAAGGCGAGAAAUGAUCAUUCAAUGCCUGAGAAGUCUAUUGCAGUGGUCGUUGAUGGUGAUGCUCUUGCCAUAAUUAUGUCUCCCGAAAAUAAGCAUAUUAAGAGAAAGUUUCUCCUAUUAUGUAAGCAGUGCCAAUCCGUUCUUUGCUGUCGUGUUUCUCCUGCUCAAAAGGCAGAGAUUGUGGGAAUGGUCAAACAUGGAUUGCAGGUUAUGACCUUGGCAAUUGGUGAUGGAGCUAACGAUGUCUCCAUGAUUCAAAUGGCCAAUGUUGGAGUUGGAAUUGCUGGACAGGAAGGCAGGCAGGCAGCUAUGGCCUCUGAUUAUGCUAUAGGGCAGUUCAGAUACCUUGUGAGGUUAUUGAUGGUUCAUGGUCGGUGGUCGUAUCGUCGUUUGGCUCAGAUGAUUCCCUGCUUUUUCUAUAAAAACGUGGUCUUUGUGUUCCCUCUUUUCUGGUACGGAAUUUUCUGCAAUUUCGACGGAACGUAUCUUUACGAGUUUUCGUACUUGAUGCUUUUCAAUUUGUUCUUCACCUCUAUUCCUGUUAUCACCAUGGGAUGUCUUGAUCAGGAUGUCCCAGCUAAGGUUUCGUUAGCAGUCCCUGAACUUUAUCGAAGAGGAAUUCUCAACAGCGACUGGUCAAUUCCCCGUUUCCUUACACUUUACAUGCUUGAUGGUAUGUACGAGUCAUUCAUUUGCUUCUUCUUCACUUGGUUCUUACAUUGGAAAGGUGUAUUUGCUAAUCAAAACGGUAUGCCAGUCGAUCACCGGUUUUGGCUUGGUGUCUUUUCGGCACACAUAGCUGUCUUUUCAUGUAAUACUUACAUUCUAUUACGUCAAUAUCGCUGGGAUUGGCUCACUCUUCUUUUCUGGUUUCUCUCCUUUGCAGUUCUUUUGUUUUGGACCGGUGUUUGGACAUCUUCGCUAUCAGGUUCAACCAUUUUCUAUAUGGCUGGUGCCGAAUGCUAUGGUACCCUUUCGUUUUGGGUUCUUUUUGCCAUUGGAACAUUCUCGUCUGUCAUUCCUAGAAUUGCGUAUGAUGUUUGCAGGCAACUUUUAAAGCCAAACGAUGUCGACAUCAUCAGGGAGCAAGUCAGAAAAGGAAUGUAUGCCAACUUGCCAUCUGAUUACGAUCCAACCAUACCAAAUGUUGUUUCUAAACAAUCCAAUGUGGAAAGUCCACCGGCUAAAAAUAACACAUUCCUUCAGAAUGUCAGUCAACCUUUCAAGAGUAUUUUUACUCACAACAAAAAGAAGAGUUGGCUUCAGAAUAUCAAGGAUGAGAUGGUUCAGGAGGGGCAAUCUUCAGCAAGAAGUUCAUUGGAUGGAAUCAGGAGUAAUGCUGACAUCGGUAUAUCGUCACCUUCCAACUUGAUGCGUGCGUAUACACAUAAUGAGAGGUAA